UAUUUUGAAAAGUGUUACAGGUAAACAAAAUAACAUGAAAGUAUUUAGCUAUAUUUUAUCAAUUCGUUUACUGCAAAACUCUAAAAUUAUUAACGUAUAAAAUGCAAUUUUGUAGAUAUUCAUAUUUUUUUAAAAUUUAUCAUAGUAAACUUAAUGCGCAUAUUAAACCCGAUAGCUUUACAAUCAGCCAAUAUGCUAACGAUUUAUUCGCUUUUACAAACUUGCCAUAGCAAUAAGGCAUGUGUAUACGGGAGCUUACCGGGUUGAAGUGAGAGGUUUCAGGAGGUGAUGAAGGCACCUAGACACCGGUCAUGAGCAAUAGGUUCCAUACGUUCCCCAAACAUUAACAGAAAAAGGAAAGAAAGAAAGAAAACAUGAGCAACAAGUAAGUUUGAAACAUGGGAAAGGAUCAAAACAUCAAGGUUGUUCAGAUUUUUGUGUAUCAGGAAUUGAAAGACAGCCUUUGCGAAAGAAACUUGAUUUACUGCGAUAUUUUGGAACCCCAAAACAAGACGCUGUCCAUCCCCGAGUCAAGCAAAGAACAUGACGAAAUAGUUAAUGGAAUUUUCCAGAGGGUGUUUGACGCAAUUUUGACGGUCGUUGAACUCCAAGAUAUUGGAUUAAUGGAAUGGUACUCAACGUCCAUUUUAGAACAUAAUAUCUGGAAAGGUUACAAGUAUGUACUAAUUACAAUUCAAUGCCGGUCAGAAACAUACAAUAGUGUGGAUAGCUUACAAAAAGCGCUACACGCUUUUAAUCCGGUCAGGUUUAUCGACUUGGAUGAAGUUGGACAUCUUAUGGAGGGACUAAAAACAGGUCACAUGGACGAAGUUGUAGAAAAUAUGUCAGAUGCAGGCAACUAUUCAGCAAAGAGGGGUGAUUUCACAAAACGAAUAACACCAAUACCAAUGCCUGAUGAUAUUGAUAUAUGUUUUUGCAAGUUAAAAGAGAACGGUGGUUUGUAAAACCAGGAGUACUGAAUCUUCUUAAAUGGAAGAUUUGGGAUAGCUCUCAUCCCAUUCCGAGCAAAGAGGAGCUUGAUAGGGUACUUCCUGUAAAGUCCAAUAUGGAUAAAAUCAAACAUCCUCCUGUAGACAAAAUACAGGUCACAUGGAUUGGCCAUGCCACAAUGCUUGUUCAGAUUGAGGGCAUGACCAUUCUUACUGACCCCGUUCUGGACUCAUUUUGUGGACCGAUCUGGCCGUUUGGAUACAAGCGAUACAGGAACGCUUCCAGUCAGGUGAAGGACAUUGAAAAGCUUGAUGCUGUCAUCAUCAGCCACAACCACUAUGACCAUCUGGAGGCCAAGGCAGUGAGAGAAAUUAAUGCAAAAUUUAAGGAUGUGCAUUGGUUUGUUGCUGGCGGAACCAAGGCAUGGUUCCUAGCUAUGGACGUUGAGGAUAAAAAUUUGACUGAACUAGACUGGUGGCAUGGAGUGGAAUUCAAUGGGGUGAAAUUCAUUUGUACGCCAAGUCAGCACUGGUGCCAGAGGAGUAUAUUUGACUUUAAUACGUACCUCGGGUGUAGUUGGGUGGUGAAAGGUCCAAGGCAUUCCUUCUACUUUGCAGGUGACACUGGAUACUAUGAAGAUCUUUUCAAAAAGAUUGGAGAGAAGUACGGACCAUUUGAUUUGGCUGGAAUACCCAUUGGGGCUUACACACCAAGGUUCAUUACAAAGUAUCGGCAUGUUAAUCCAGAGGAAGCUGUCAAAAUCCAUGUAGACAUUCGGAGUAAAAUGUCGAUUGGUAUAGAAUGGGGAACUUUUCACCUUACAAAUGAGCAUUAUCUGGAGCCCCCUCACAGACUAAAGAAAGCUAUGGAAGACCGCGUUUUAAACCCGAGCAACUUUGUCUGUCUGAAUAUCGGAGAAACGUGGGAUGUUGGAGGCCCCAGGGAGGAGCCUCAGUUCAUGAAGGAAAAGGGGUUCCGCUGUCGAUCGCCAUUGGCGCCAAAUGGCGCUAAUUUUUUUUAAGUGGCUCCAAUUUUUUUUUUAAGUGGCGAAUUUCAAAAAAUCGGUAAAAUCCUAUCCGAAAAUGUACUGCGAGUCGAAAAGCACGCGACCGAGCAUAAUCACGGAAGCGUGAAAGUGUUACAGUCGGUGUUUUUACUGCUAUUGUCAAGUUUUAUGGGGGUUAUUAUCGGAUUAACGGUUCUUUUAUGAUAAAGAACACUCAAUUAUGUAACACUUAGGACAAACUGGCACAAAGAUCAAUGAUUAUAACGGUAUAUAAGGCGGUGUUAAUUUAAAUUGAGAUGUUUGUCGUUCAGAUGUGUAUCAUUUUUUCCCUUUCAGUUUAUGUGCAUCAUAUUUGCCAAAUGACCAAAUGUAACUGUUAAACAAUUAAAUUUAGAUGUUUUAUUUUCUGAAAUGUAACUGUUUAACAAUUAAAUUGAGAGGCUUUAUUUAUUGAUGUUUGAAUUUUUUUCCGUUCCAGAUGAUGUACAUUUGUGUGAUUGUAUGUUUAAAUAAAUUUUUAUAAAAAAUGUAUGCAGCAUACUGUUCCAUUGAUGUAAACAUUAUUAGAUAAGUUGGGUUAUAUGUGAUUGCUUAUCAUGUGCAAACCAAUGUUUUUAUGUAUAAAUAAAGCUUAUUAAGACUUA